GACUAGGUCACGCAUUACUCAGCUAAUGCUUGCACUACUGUCAGUGAGAGCCUGCAUUCAAUCAUUGCGCCGCGUCCUGUUGGUUCGUCGGUCGGCCAGCCUAUAAAAGCGACUCAGGCCACUUCAUUCCUUGCUUUGCAUCCGAGUACCGGGUAUACUUCAGACUCGGCACAAUCCCCAUUAUCUGCUCCUUCACAACGUCUAAGUAUAAGACCCGUAACCCGUGCCACUUUUAAAUUUAUCGCAGAGUCUCACACCGUGCCACUGAUCAGCUGGGUGACUGACCCGCUCUCAAACACAGUCAUACUACUCCGCAUACUAUGAGCAGCGACGACGGAGUAGACGCGUCUGGGUCGUUUUCCGCCUCCGUUGACGCGAAGGCCAACAUAAUCAGAGAUGGUGAUAAUUCUUCACUCAUCGAACCUUGCAGCAGGCAUCCCGUCACCUCACUUUCACUUUUUCUGCCAGCAGAAAUCCUAGCCCUGAUUUUACAGCCAAGAUGGAAGCGGUGCGAGGAUAGAGAAGUCUGGAAAGAGAUAGUGGAUGUCUUGCUCAACUGCAGUCUUGUAUCAAGAGCCUGGUACGAGGCUGCAAGAGCAGUUCUGUACCAGGAUAUUCGACUGUCUCGAGUCAACUCCCUCCGCCUACUUCUUUGCACCGUGCGCGAGAGGUUCGGCGGCUAUUGCCCUGCUCAUGCUCUGCAAUUCAUGUAUUUUUCGCCCCAUCGGCGUAACAAAAAGCAGCCCAAGGAGUAUGCGACACUCGCUGGGGAGAUUGUUGCGUGCUGCCCGGAACUCAGGUACCUUUCAGGAGAUUGUGGCUCCCUGUACUUCACCAGCAACAUGCCUCUCCCCGAAUACCCAUAUUUGAGGGAACUCAAAGUAUCUGGGCAGGACCUCUACCUCAUUGCCCCUCUUUUAUCCCGUCUAUGCAAUCUCGAGUCCUUUGAGAUGCUUCAGAGUCACAAUGGGGACGAUCUCCUGGAAUACUUUUCGCCACCUCACUUCAAGCUUUUGACUUUAUCGAUAUCUCAAACAGAGUUGUCUCCUGGCCUGUGUAAAUGGCUCGAACCAAGUUUAAAGAGCAUAAAAUGCUUGGAGGUGCAGGAAAUAGGGAUGAGCCUGUCCCACUUGGCCAAGGUCAUUGGAGGUCUUUUAAAGGAAGUCCACGUCAAAAUUAUGGUCGAUUCUAUAGCGGACAGCGACUCUGAGACUAUCUCAGCGUUAUUUUGGUUCGCGGGCUUGCGAAAACUUCGCAUUGACGGAUCGAAAAUCGACAAAGAACGUUUGCUUGAUCUACGAUUGUCAUUGGAGACAUUCACAUUCUCUGAGGACAUAUUAAGCAUGCGUACUGUGCUGGCGCUGCUACGUAUGAAUUGGCAACCCUCCUUACGAUCGCUGGACGUUUAUCGCAUGCCAAUGAGCAUUUACUUCUCCGAGCAGUGGAUAGCUACGGCUGCAGAAUAUAGGGAUGAGCUACACAGCACAUGCGCUGCUCGCGGUAUCCAGUUGAACUGGCUCCCUCAGAAGAAUGAUACCGUGUCACCACUUCCCUUCAUUGAUUCUGAAUCUGAAUUUCACCACCAGGAUUGCCAUCCGAUACAGCGCUAUACAGAGUUCACAUUAUAUUAAGCUUACAUGCCUCUUCUAUCUGAAUAUAUUUUUCAAAGAGCUCAGGCUGCAAAAUAUUCGAACCCGCCAGUGCAGUGCAACAAUUUAUUCAUACCGACGAACUCUCAAAAAUACUCCAACAACUCGCGGACGAAGCAACAUUUCCCUCGCAAUCUCGACCUGAGUAUCUGGUCCAUCCCGCAUCUCAAACACGAAUUUCUUCACGAGAUCCGAAAAAACCGCCUAUAUUGCAGUGGGUCAUGUUCAACUGGC